GAUUGGUAGUGCGCUAGUAACAAUCGUGUAAACAAGUAAUUUUCGGCACUUUUUGCAAAUAUAAUUUUUAUUAAAUUACGAGAAAAAUGGCAGAUGAUUUAGAUAAUAUUCCAUCAAUAACUGUCAAGGAGCCGUUGGAUUUAGUGAGGUUAAGUUUAGAUGAACGAAUCUACGUAAAAAUGAGGAACGACCGGGAAAUUAGAGGCAGACUACACGCGUAUGAUCAACACAUGAACAUGAUACUUAGUGAUGCCGAAGAAACCAUCACCACGGUAGAAAUCGAUGAAGAAACAUACGAAGAGGUGUACAGAACAACCAAACGUAACAUUCCUAUGCUGUUUGUAAGAGGUGACGGAGUUAUAUUGGUGUCCCCUCCUAUGCGUACUUCGUAAAUAAAAAACGUUCUUCGA